AUGAACACUGUGUUCCUAGAAAAUGAAGCGUCGAGUCACAAUACAUCGUUUGCGGUUGACAUUAUCGAUACCUUGAACCUAUCACUGCGAGCCUGCGAUGGGGCUCUCCCGUUUCCUGCCUCUUUUGGAAGCGCACUUGCAAUUAUGUAUGGCCUCGCAAGUGAUGGCCGUCUGCCUUUUGAUGCUGAAGUCGUUUUCCAACUCGAAAUAGACACCAUAACUAGUCUAGAAGACUUGGAUCAAGAGAUUGUCUCCGAUAUCAAACAAGCUGCCAAUGAUGAACUUGACUGUCAAAUAUGCUUGGCUCUCUUAGUAGAUCCAUGUACCACUCCUUGUGGCCAUAGCUUCUGUCAGCGCUGCCUAGGUCGAAUUUUGAAUCAAUCGGACCUAUGCCCAAUUUGUCGUCGAAGGGUUUCUCAAAACUUGUAUUUAGGUCCACAAAACUUACGCCUAAGCAACUUGCUCUCAACGUUCUUUUCUUUACGAUUGGCGGAACGGCGUGAAGCAAUCAGGGAAGACAGAGUCGGGGAAUUCGAUGAAUCCCAAGUGCCACUUUUUGUUUGCACUCUUUCUUUUCCAUCCACUCGGACUUUUCUCUACGUUUUUGAGCCUCGAUAUCGGUUAAUGAUCCGUCGUGUCAUUGACAGCGGACAUCGCAAGUUUGGAAUGGUGGCGCCAGGUGAAAGUCGCCAAGUUAAUGGCGAUACUCAGGCAUUCACAGAGUACGGAACACUACUUGAAAUCAGCCGACUCUCCCCACUUGGGGAUGGAAGGUGUAUAAUUCGUGCAACCGGCCAAUACAGAUUUAGAGUGUUGGAAAGUACUAUGACUGAUGGAUAUGCUGUUGGUAAGAUUGAGCGGGUUGACGACAUAUCAAUUCCAGAGGAGGAAGCACGAGAGGCUUUCGAGACAGAGUCAGCACCUCUUGAACGCCCCAGUAUGGAUGAGUUAGAUCACCUUUCAACUCUUCGCCUCUUUCAAAUCGGCCUCACGUUUGUUGCAAAAUGCCGGGCAAGCAGUGUACGGUGGCUGGAUAACCAGACAUACCAAUUGUAUGGACCGCCUCCGGCGGACCCGAGGCUCUUUUCUUUCUGGUUUGCCAGUGUGAUGCCAAGACCAGAAGAGGAUAGAUACCCUCUCCUUAUAGAGAGAAGCGUUAGGGAACGAUUAAAAAUGGUCGUCAGAUGGAUUAAAAAGCUUGAAACUGAACAAUGGGCACUAAAAUCUCCUCAAAGCCUAGCCAACCAUUAUAUAUCUAAUUUACAAACAGACUCAACGCCUUUUGUGACCCAUCUGCGGAGAGGCUUUGGACUAUUCGUUCUUCCCCUCCUGAUUUUUUUUGUUGUUUACAAAUUUUUCUUCCACGGAGCCACAUUGCUACCUAAUACCUCCAAUGUGUCAUUCUCGAUUUUGCCAUUUUCCUUAUCUUUUACCUACAGCUACCAACCUCCGCCUAUCACCACUCCGAAUACGAGAUCACGCGAUCGAGAGCGCAAUUUGAACCCCAAUGUUGGGUUUGUGGUGACGAAUUUCAUGGAUCAGGGCUUUAUUCCUGGUAGAAUUGUACUAGCUUCUAUCUUCGUGCUCUGUAUCGCUCGAGUUAUUCGGCGGGUGGUAGAAAUUGUGAAUUUCGAAAGAGACAGGCAACGAACCUCAAGAGUCAACGUCAACAAUGCUGGCCAUUUAAAUCCUAUUGACGAUGUGAUUGAAUAA